UGAUGUAAUUAUUUAUUAACACUAUAUAAUUAAAUUCCCUUCGAAUGGAUUUUUAAAAAAGUCGCCAAAUCACCGCCAUUUAACUGAUUUUGUUAAUACAACAGUGCAAUGCAUUUUUGAAAGCUAAAUUGGGAAUGUGAGACGUAGAUAUGUCUCUCAUAAAGCUUCUCAAAUCCCCGACCAAAUUGUUUAAAAAAGAUGUCAUCACCUUUUUAAUAACAAAGCGCUAUGAUCUCGGCGAUAUCGACGAAAAACUCCAUUACAUAGCCGUCAGGCCGACAGCCUCAAUAUUCCAUUUACGUCAGAAAGUUUGGCACCUCCUCGACCUUCCCGAUUACUGUGAAGAGAUCAUCAUACUGAAAACUGAGAAAGACCAAGAAAUACCGCUAACCGAUCUACGUAAAGGCAAUGACCCGCAACACCCUUACGUUAUGGAAGUCUGGUUACCAGGGAAGCAGAACUGUUCAGUUUCUGUACACAACAACAUGCUGACAAUGGGCGAUAAGAAUACUGUAAACAACUUCUUAGCACAAGACAAUCUCGUGUCAAACAGAAGCAAAAAUGAAGAGACAUCUAAUCUCGAUUUUAACGGAAAAGCUUUUGGAAACGAAAUCUCGCACACGACCAUCAAUUUGUACGACACCGACGCGCUGAAUAAACUGCGCUCGAUGGAAAAACAGGACAAUAAGCUCCCAGAUGCGGAAUACAAGAAAUCUGAACUCUCGUGCAAAAUGUCUUCAUCGUCCAUAUUCUUUAAACUCCACGGCAGAAAAAGCAGAGACAACUUCGUGAACAUUCUGCUCAAAAUACAAAACGAUCUUACGACAUUGGGCAGCAAACUGUCGGAUUUGGAAAAUCGAAUACAUGUGUGAUUUUUUUUUACUACUUAUUCGAGAAGCAAAAUA